UGUUUCGAUCGUAGCGUAUGCACCACUCAAACCUGUCCGGCGGAAGUUGUGCUCCCGGCCUUGUCACAAAAGAAAUGGCGAGCGGUAUCGGCAAACACAAGAUACUGAACGUGGGGCCGACGGAGCCCUGGUCAGUCCGGGAGAAACUGUGCCUGGCUUCCUCUGUUAUGAGGAGUGGCGACCAAAACUGGGUGUCUGUGAGUAGAGCAAUCAAGCCUUUCUCAGAGCCUGGUCGUCCGCCUGACUGGUUCUCACAGAAGCACUGUGCCUCACAAUACUCCGAACUACUGGAAGCCACAGAAGCACCAAAGCGUAAGCGUGGCGAGAAAGGUGAGGUGGUUGAGACCAUUGAAGAUGUCAUCGUUCGUAGGCUGACUGCUGAGAGGAUAGAGGAGCUGAAAAAACUACUACGAGACACACAAGAGCAGUACAGGAAGUUGAAGAAGGAGGUGGAUCUGAUACAGACAGGUCAUAUGGACUCCCAGCUGAAGGAGCUGUGGGCAGAGAUCACACUAAAGAAGAAGCAGGAUGAGGAGGAAGCAGAACAGAAGAGGAAAGCUACAGAAACAGCAUACCAAGCUCGUCAGGCGAUGAAAAACACACCUAAGCGUCUGCCCAGUGUAACUGUACGUUCUCCUCUGGGUGCCAGCCCGCCGACGCUGGAUUCUCAGGCCGACUCUUCGGUCCCCACACCACCCAUGGAUACAGGAGGUGUUGCCUCUGAUGACACCACCACCCACUCAGUUGCCCAGGGGAUCGGAGUUUUUCUACCAGUGACAGACGCUCCAGGCCCCGGGCCCAAAGAUGGAGGACUGGCUACUCUAGUAGAUGACUCACCACAGAAGAGGCUCCUGACCCAGAAGGCCACACCACCACCCUCACCUCUUUUGUCAGAGCUGCUGAAAAAGGGCAACCUCAUCUCAGCUAGCCCCCGCCUGGUUGUGGAGGGAGACUCAACUGGAAACCUCACUAAUGGACUACAGACAGCCACUGCAGCCACUGCCCUACCACCUGGUCAUGAGGUCAUCACAGAGGGUGAAGCAGAAGCUGCAGUAAAGGCAGAGCUGGGUGAGGAGACGGGAUUAGUAGAAGAGGACCUUGUAGCAGUGUCUUAUAUGGGAGACGAACUGGACCUGGAGACCGUAGGAGACAUUAUUGCCAUCAUAGAGGAGAAGGUUGAUGAUUCUGUGGAGGCUUUGGAUGCAGCAGCAGUAGAAGCAGCACUCUCUCUGUGUGAAGAGGCUGUUUCCGAGGGACACACCCUCCCUGGCCCCUGGGAGACCCAGGAGCUGAAGACUUCAGAUCCUACACCCACAGUCCGAGACGCCAACCCCACACAGGAACCUCAGGAUGUGACCGCAAUGUCAGCCCCGACUCCUGCAAGCACAGAGACCCACAACCAACCAGAAACUAAAAGAGAAGAGCAACUUAAAGGAAACUGUGAGGGACCUGAGGUGACAGGAAGUGAUGUCAUUUCUUCUGUUGCCUCUGAUGACGGUGCUACAGGAAUUGAGGUUAUGGAGGUGGGGGCGACAGGGAAGGAGGCCACUGAACCAACAGUGAAGAGUGAAGCAGAGGAGUGGAGCCAGCCUGAGCCCAACCCACCUUGCCUAGACUCUGAGGACAGCUCUGUAUCUGGGAAAGAGUCCAAGGAGGUGAAAGAGGAGGAGGCAGGCAGUGAGGGUGACCCUGAAGAAGGGAUGGAGCUGAAGGAGGAGUGUGGGGAGGGGCCCUAUCUGUCGGAGGUGGAGCGAGCAGCCAGCGAGAGUGAAGACGGCUAUGGCCCGCCGUCCCAGCGCUACACGGCCGAUUCACUGGCCAGCAGCCCGGCCUCUUCUUCCCAACUAUCUACAUGUGGUGAGGACCAGGAGGCAGUCCAGGCACAGAAGAUCUGGAAGAAAGCCAUUAUGCUGGUGUGGAGAGCUGCGGCCAAUCACAGGUAUGCCAGUGUCUUCCUGCAGCCUGUGUCAGAUGACAUCGCCCCCGGUUACCACAGCAUCGUACACAGACCCAUGGACCUGUCGGCCAUAAAGAAGAACAUUGAGUCCGGUGUGAUCCGUACGACAGCCGAGUUUCAGCGAGACAUCAUGCUGAUGUUUCAGAAUGCCGUCAUGUACAACUCGUCGGACCACGACGUGUACCACAUGGCGCUGGAGAUGCAGCGUGAUGUCCUGGAGCACGUCCAGCAGUUCCUGGCCACCCAGCUCAUCAUGCAGACCUCAGAGAGCGCCAUCUCCGCCAAGAGCCUCCGCGGCAGGGAGGGAAACCGUAAGCCAGGAGAACCGGCUGAGAAGGACGGAGGCACCCGGGGUCGCCGUAGUGCCAUGGAGGCUGACCUCAAAAUGAAGAAAUAGACUGAGAUUUCAGAGAAUGAGACACUUUGAGAGCAGAAAGGCCACUUUGGAAUGAGGGAAUGAGGGAAGGUGGAGCUGAAUACUUACUGGUCACUUUGGUUGUUUUCUGAAGAGGACUGCAGUCUCUGUGUGCCUGAUGUGUGUCUGCGUAUAUACACACUUAGUCAUUCGUGCUUUGGCGUAGAUGAGGGUAUGUGUGUCUGUGUGUGUCUGAGAGAGCCGCAGAGAGUUUCCUCUGCUCCAGUUCAUAUGAUUGGUUAAUGUCCAGCGCUAUGGGAUUUUACUCCAGGACAAACAAGCCAGCGCACCACUUUCCCCAAGUAUCAUUUCACCAGCGAAGGUAGUAAGUCAUCAUUUCCUCCAGCUGACAUGGAACAGCAAAGGACUCUGUGGAAAGAGAGAAAAAGAACAUUUACACCAGCAAAAGUUUGUUUGGGAUCCAAUGAUAAAGGGCAGGUGAUUUUUACUUGCCAUAUUUCUAUCAUGUUGAAUCGUGGAUGCAUUAAUACUAGUGGGUUGAUUGAGCGGUUUGAGUGUCUUGCACCAAAACGUGCCCUGCGUAUAUGGGCUGAAAAUACACUAGACAGCAACAACAACCAGGAUGGCCACAUGACAAACCAUACUGUACAGUUUUCACGAAUACAAAAUGAAUACUACUGGUACUACUGGCACCAGGACCAUUUAUCAGUCUGAUCACUACUAAAAUGUUAUAGUGAGAUCCACUAAUCACACAUCUUUAAAAUAGGAUUUUCUGCCUUUCUCAUUAAUGCAACGAGGAUGUCUUUCUACAUUAAGAAAAUCAGACGUCACUUGACUGGUUGUUAUCUGCUGUGUUUAGUAACAGAUUAUAAUGCUGCAAUCUGUGGGCUUUAAAGGAACAUACCGGUGUUUUACAUGUUUUAGCACAUUAACUGCAAAUUGCAGGUACUUUACAUUUCUGCUGACCUUUUUCCAAAGCACAGGUUUUAAGUUGGGCUUCUAUAAAAUUCGGGAUACAAUUAAAUUUAACUUCAAAAACCAACCUCAUAACACGCUGGCAAAAACAAAACAUGCUUGAGAUAUGUAAUCAGGCGCAUUAAACAGUUGUCUUAUGUUACA